UCUUGAAGGCUGCCGCGGCGGCGGAUGUUGAGGCAGAUGCGUGUGACAGAGCCGAUGCGCGGCUGACGGCAGGAAGAGGCUAAGACGGUGAACGGCGCGCCUCCGCUCCGCUUUUUAAUGGAGGUUUCGAGCUCCUAAAGAAAGGGGGGGCUGAAGACGGCGAAGAGCUGGGGGCCGGCGUGCUUUUAAAACAAAUAAAUAAAGAGUCAAAAUGUUCAGAAAGAGGAAGGAACUCACUAAAACUAACUCAAUAUCAAAAAGGACAGGAAGCACUGGAACUCACAAUUCAUCCCUCUCUGUUCUCCAGGAGCAGCCCCCUCGUGUUAAUACCUCUGAGUCAUCUCCAUGUCCUGCUCCUGGAUCCAGCCACGUGGAUGCGUCCUGCUCAACCGGCUCCAACAGCCCCGGCUCCACGCUCCUGCACAGCCGACUGGCCGGCUGUCCCUCCCCCGGGGCGACUCUGCGGAGGCCCACCUCCCUCAGCCGGCAUGCCAGUGCCGCCGGCUUCUCCCUCCAGGCCACUGGCAGCUGGGGCUUCGCCAAGGGCCAUGGCAGGGUGCCGACUGCCCAGAGCCCCUCCCUGGAGGUGACCGAGGGUGCACCCAUUGAAGUGGAGGACAUCCCAGCCCUGCUGAAGGACGUGGCCCGCUUUGCAGAAGCCGUGGAGAAACUGAAGGAUGUGGUGGUUGGAGAAGAGAAGCAGGAGAGCCGGCGAGCCGCGGCCCACGAGUGCCUGGGAGAGGUCCUGCGGAACCUGCGGCAGAUCAUCGGGACCUACCCGCUGCUGAACACCGUGGAGACGCUCACCGCAGCUGGAACGCUCAUCUCCAGGGUCAAAGGCUUCCACUUUGAAUCCAGCACCGAAGUCGACAAGAAGGAGUUCGAGAAGGCCAUCGAGAUGAUCGCGGUGGCCUUCAGCAGCAGCGUGUCGGAGCUGCUGAUGGGGGAAGUCGACAGCAGCACCUUGUUGGCACUGCCACCCACGGAGAAGAGCAGGUCGAUGGAGAACCUGUAUGGAGCGGCAAGCCAGGGGACAGACACACCUCUGACGAAAAGCGAUCUGCCAGACGCCGCUCUGAUUGCAGAAGAGGUGGACAUCAUUCUCCAGCAUAGCGAGGGGGGUGUGGAGUCAGCCCUCACCUACGCCAAGAGCAUCUCCAAGUACAUGAAGGACGUGAUCAACUACGUGGAGAAGAGGAUUGGGCUGGAGAUGGAGUUCUCCAAGGGCCUGCAGAGACUGUAUCACUCUUGCAAGCACAGUCUGGCACAGCCCCACAUGCCCUUCUUCUCCAUCUACUCGGUGGCGCUGGAGCAGGACCAGGAGCAGAGCUCCAGCAUGCUGCACUCCUCAGUGUCGCAGCACAGCCAGACCUUCCUGCAGCCUCUGUCACACCGAAGGCAGGAGCACGAGAAGAGACGCAAAGAGAUCAAGGAGCAGUGGCAGAGGGCCAGGAGGAAGCUGACUGAUGCUGAGGCUAACCUGCGGAAGGCGAAGCAGGCCUACCUGGUGCGCUACGAGGAGUACGACAAGGCCAAGGCGGUGGCCAGCAAGGCCGAGGAGGAGCAGAGCAGUGCGGGCAGCAGCUCAGGAAAGGCCCUGGAUCGCAAGAAGCGGCUGGAGGAGGAGGCCCGGAAUAAGGCUGAGGAGGCUGAGGCCACCUACCGCACCUGCAUCGCUGAUGCCACCACCCAGCACCAGGAGCUGGAGGACGUGAAGGUCAACGUGCUGCGGCAGGUUCAGGAGCUCAUCAAGCAGAGCGACCAGAUCCUGCGAGCGGGAACCAUCGCCUACUAUCAGAUCAUGCAUGUACAGACAGCCCCGCUGCCAGUGCACUACCAGACGUUGUGCGAGAGCAGCAAGCUGUAUGACCCAGGUCAACAGUACGGCGCUCAUGUCAAGGACCUGCAGAUGCCCGAGGAACCUGAAACCCAUUACGUCUUCGAGCCCUACAGCGCCCCCUGCAGCCAAUCUGGGGGCCGUGCCCGUCAUGACAGCUUCAACACAGAGCGGCAGAGCAGCACCGAGACCCCACCCAGCUCCGGAGAGGGAGCCCCUGGGGACAGUGGCAAUGCCAAAGACAAACCCAAGAGGGGGCGAGGCCACCAGACCCACAAAUCCUGGCCCUCGACAGUGAGUGACACUGACAGCGUAGGUGGCGACGGCCUGGAGUCCCCGGCAACCAGCACAGGUGACAUCACCAAAAUGGCCAGGUCCCCCUCAACAGGGACCAUGUCCUCCACGGAGGACCUGAACGAGAAGGAGAGCGGGGUGGGAUCACUGGAGCAGAGCAUAAACGGGAUCGAACCUGAAAUGGUGGUACCGACUGGGCCCUUCCGCAACGUGGGGCUGUCCAAGGCUGCGCAGACGCAUCGACUGCGCAAGCUGCGCGCGCCGUCUAAGUGCCGGGAAUGUGAGAGCUACGUGUACUUCCAGGGGGCUGAGUGUGAGGAGUGCUUCCUGGCCUGCCACAAGAAGUGCCUGGAGACGCUGGCCAUCCAGUGCGGCCACAAGCGGCUGCAGGGUCGACUGCAGCUGUUCGGCAGGGAUUUCUCCCAGGUGUCGGCGAGCAGCUCCGACGGCGUGCCCUUCAUCAUCACCAAAUGCAUCCUGGAGAUUGAGCGGCGGGCGCUGAAGAUGAAGGGCAUCUACCGGGUGAACGGAGUGAAGACGCGGGUAGAGAAGCUCUGCCAGGCUUUCGAGAACGGCAAGGAGCUAGUGGAACUGUCCCAGGCAUCACCCCAUGACAUCAGCAACGUACUCAAACUGUACCUCAGACAGCUUCCGGAGCCCGUCAUGCCAUUCCGGAUAUACAACGACCUGAUGGGCAUGGCCAAGGAGAGUCUGAAGGGGGAGAUGGGCGAUGGAGCCGAGGGCGUCAAGGGCUCGGAGCUAGUGGACCAGGGCGCGGCCACAGAACCCGAGGCGCUGGUCCUGGUGGAGCAUCUGCGGGUGAUACUGCUGGAUCUGCCUGGGCCCAACCUGGCUACUCUGCAGGGCAUCAUCCGGCACCUCUGCAGGAUUGCGGCACUGGAGCAGGAGAACAAGAUGAGCCCAUCCAACCUGGGGAUAGUGUUUGGGCCCACGCUGAUGCGGCCGCGGCCCACGGGGGCCACCGUGUCCCUGUCCUCGCUGGUGGACUAUCCCCACCAGGCUCGCAUCGUCGAGGCGCUCAUCGUUUUUUAUAGCCGCAUCUUCUCAAGCAGCAGCGGCCCUGUCCGGCCUGCCGCCGGCUCCACCUCCGAAAGGAACAGCCAGGACCUCAGCGCUGACAGCAGCAAGGAGAGCGUGGAGGCAGGGGAAGAAGCAGCCGGAGCAGAGCAACAAAGCGGGGUACCUUCCAAGGACUUGGUGGAGGACCUCUCUGGAAACUCCUUGGGAUCCUCUGGCUCUCGCGAGAGGUCCCUGGACUCAGACUCUGAUCUGGAAGAGAUGGCUGGCAGCCCCAGGGACACAACCAAGGCUCCCAGUCUUGCCAAGCAGUCUAGUGAGACAAGCACCGAGGAUGAGCACCUGAGCCCCAGGACCAGCCUGGACCUGUCAGUGCAUCCCCCGCCUCUCCCCGAAAGCGAACCCCCCCAGGAGGCAGAGAGCUCCGAGCAGGACCGGGACGCUUCCAGCCCUGGACCCUGAGCUGGUGGCAAGGGAUCAUCCAUGAUGAGUCCAACCUUUUAGAAACUGUGCAGAAUGUACCUUCAAAGCUUUCAUAUGUGCAUUUUUACACAUUUUUAUCAUCCCGUCUCAUGUAGGAAUUUUGAAACGUGCCUUUCGCCUUUGAGCAUCAGUUUUUAGAGGACAUCGCAGUGCCACGGGAGCCCAAACUGCUGUCAGUGAUUUAAAGCAGCAGAAUGUGAAGCAGCUCACAUAGUAUCUUAUUCACAUCUUUCAGCAGUCAAGUCAAUUUAGCCAGUUUUUUUUUUUCUUUUGGAAAGGAGUUUGCCAUCUUUUACAUUAAAUAAUCAUCAAGAUGCCGACCCUGUAAGUCGAAGUCUGUACCACAGGGUUUCACAUGUAAUAUAUUUUACUGAAGUUAAAGGUGUGAGUCUGUAAUUCAUUGCUACAAAAUUGAUUUGCUUGUAUUAUAGCAUUUUGCACUCGUGUUUAUCCUGGAUUUGUGGAUGGCAAUGACCUGUGUUCCACACUGAAAGGAGUCAGUUGGUGUUUUGGGAAUCUGUCUAGGAUGCCUCCUGGAUGGCUACCUGGGGAGAUGUUUUGGGUAUGUUCAACUGGGAGGAGGCCCCAGGGCAGACCGAGGACACGCUGGAGUGAUCUCUUGGCCUGCCUGGAAAUGCUUUGGUAUUUCCUUGGUGGAGCUGGCUGGUGAGAGGGAGGUCUGGGCAUACCUACUUAGGCUGCUGCCCCAGUGACCUGACCCUGGAUAAGCUGCACAAAAUAGAUGGAUGGAUGUAACCAGAAUGCAGGACUUAAUAUUUCACACUCAGCAGUACCUUAAGGUGUUUCUGUUUUGCAUCCAGUAUUAUUCCAGUUCUGUCCCAUUUCCUCCAAAAACAUUUCCUGCCUUGGCUCUUCCUUCCUCCACAGUACAGCGGCAUUUUCUGGGUGAUUAUUUUUCAUCCUGCUCCUUUGGCACUAGGCACUGAACCUAGUUUUUUGGACCCGAGGCUCUGAGGCGCAUGUUGAUGCAUCUCCAACAUCACCCCACAGUGGGUUGGGGGGGGGAUGCCGUACUACAUGGAUUCCACGGACCCCGUAUGAUAUUCGUUAAAAUUCUUGAAAAUCGAAGAGCUCUCGAAAUGCUUGUACUUUUUAUGAAACUGCUUGUUUUCUUUUCCAUUUUAUGCAGCCAGUACAUCGGUUUUAUCUGCGAUAGCAGGGCACCGGUGUGGUUAUUUUGCUCUGCUGGGUAGGAGCAGGCAUCCUCUCUGCAGCAUAGCUUUCUGUGAAAUCGCAGGAAGGCGUUCAUCCUUAAGAGGUUGAACAAGAAAUGUGCAGCAUAUACUGUACAUAACAUUUUGCUAUGAAACUUCCUCACGCACUCAGCUUUUCAAACUAGAGAAACUACUACUACUCUAGUAUACUGUAAUUCCUGAAAUACUAUAGUACGGCCCAGUAGAACAAGUGCGAGAACUGGACCCAUAAAUAGUGUUUUCAGCAUGAGAGACUUUUAUUCGUGUUCGCAUGGCUGUGUUGCAGCCUAUUACAGCUUCUGUAGUUCAACUCUCAUGUGUGUACAAAGGUACUUAGAUUUAAGAGAUACGAGAUUUUAAAUAAUGAACUGUUUGAGUGUGUGUGCAGACUUGGAAUUUUCCAACUGUAAGAGCUGAUAAAGUAAUGUGUGGGUAAAAUCUAUAUUUAUUGCUUUUUAAUACGAAAUAUAAAAUUUUACGAUAGCCUUAUUUCAGUCAUUAUUAUGCAUACAGUAUUUUUGUACAAAAUUUCUGUACAAGUAAACAUACAGUUAUGUACAUAAAAUAGGCAAGAGUUUGACUGUUCUUAUGCUUUUCAAUUCUUACUAAAAUGAAAAAAAAAAUCAUCCAAUUUGGUUUUCCUUCUUGAACACAGCAAAGAGUCGUGCAAAAAAAUCUGUAUAAAUGACAACAGAUUACAUGUAUCUGGAAAAUAAAACUCACUGAAUAUUUUACAGAGUAAAAA